CCUACAUUACCUCUGACCCUUGAAGAACUGACCACCCAACUUACAAAACUUGAUACUGAACUCCUUGCAGCAAUUCCUGUCAAACUUCACUCGGAUGCUAAAGAUAUAAUUAACAGACUCUGA